AUGGCAGGUCUGCGACGGGCUCUUUUCUCGACGGUCCCUCGUAUUCUCAGCUCCCAUCGGACAUCGCUCGUCAGCUCCCAACCUCUUCACAGUCCGACCCCUUUUUCGGGCUUUUUCAGGCCCGUAGUGGGUUCCUUCCCAAAUUUCACCUCGUCAAGUUCAAUCGGCCAAUCCCUAGAUAUCGAUCUCUCCGAUGAAGAAAGCAAAAGGCGGUUGUUCAACAGGCUUCUGUAUAGGAGUAAACAGAGAGGGUACCUUGAGCUUGAUCUGAUUCUGGGGAAAUGGGUGGAGGAUAACAUUCGGUCCAUGGAUGAAAGUGGGAUCAAAUCUCUUGUUCAUGUUCUUGACCUGGAAAAUCCGGAUCUAUGGAAAUGGUUGACCGGUCAAGAGCAACCCCCUGAGCCAGUGAGCACGAAUCCUGUAUUCUUGGCCGUACGUGAGAAGGUGGCUAACAAUCUUGACAAUUAUGCAGCACCCGAGACUCGAGCCACGCCUGGUCAGUCGUGGGUUAGAGGUUGGGAUGAUUUCAAGAAGGGUCGAGACAGCCCCAUUUCUGGGAACCAGUAA